GCGCCGGGCUCGGGGGGCACCUCCCGCCCGCCCCGCUGCGCUCCCCGCCCGCCGCCACUCCGGCGGCUCCGCCGAGCAGCACCGCGGCUCCGGCUCUCGGGGCCGCCGCUGCGCAGAGCCACCAAUGCGGGGGAUACUGGCGGGGAGGCAGCGGCUCCGCGGCAGCGGGGAGGGCAGGUGAACUCCGGGAAAGGAUGACCGGCAUCGCCGCGAUCGUCUUUCUUCUGCAGCUCUUGCCCAGGGCGGACGGACAGGUCUUCCCAGGUGGUUGUUCGUUUGAUGAGCACUACAGCAAUUGUGGUUAUAGCGUCGCCUUGGGAACCAAUGGAUUUACCUGGGAGCAGAUCAAUACUUGGGAAAAGCCAACAAUGGAUCCUGCUGUCCCAACUGGCUCCUUCAUGAUGGUGAACAGCUCUGGGCGAGCAUCGGGGCAGAAAGCUCACCUGCUGCUGCCCACGCUGAAGGAAAAUGACACUCACUGCAUCGACUUCCACUAUUACCUGUCCAGCAGGGACCGCUCCAGCCCCGGCUCCCUCAACGUCUACGUGAAGGUCAACGGGGGGCCCCAGGGCAAUCCCAUCUGGAACGUCUCGGGAGUGGUGACCGAAGGGUGGGUGAAGGCAGAGCUGGCCAUCAGCACCUUCUGGCCACAUUUUUAUCAGGUGAUAUUUGAAUCUGUCUCUUUGAAAGGACACCCCGGGUACAUAGCUGUGGAUGAAGUCAGAGUUCUCGCCCAUCCCUGCAGAAAAGCCCCCCAUUUCCUACGGCUGCAGAAUGUGGAGGUGAACGUGGGGCAGAACGCGACGUUCCAGUGCAUUGCUGGGGGGAAGUGGUCCCAGCACGACAAGCUCUGGCUCCAGCAGUGGAAUGGACGGGACACAGCCCUGAUGGUCACUCGAGUGGUCAACCACAGGCGUUUCUCCGCCACGGUCAGCGUGGCCGACACGUCGCAGCGCAGCAUCAGCAAGUACCGCUGUGUCAUCCGCUCCGACGGCGGCUCCGGGGUCUCCAACUACGCCGAGUUAAUUGUGAAAGAGCCGCCCACCCCGAUCGCCCCUCCAGAGCUGCUGGCUGUGGGGGCCACGUACCUGUGGAUCAAACCCAACGCCAACUCCAUCAUCGGGGACGGGCCCAUCAUCCUGAAGGAGGUGGAGUACCGCACCACCACGGGCAACUGGGCAGAGACGCACAUUGUGGACUCUCCCAACUACAAACUGUGGCACUUGGACCCCGACGUGGAGUACGAGAUCCGAGUGCUGCUCACGCGCCCCGGGGAAGGGGGCACGGGGCCCCCCGGACCCCCCCUCACCACCAGGACCAAGUGUGCAGAUCCCGUGCACGGGCCGCAGAACGUGGAGGUGGUUGACAUCCGCUCGCGGCAGCUGACGCUGCAGUGGGAGCCCUUUGGCUACGCCGUGACGCGGUGCCACAGCUACAACCUCACUGUCCACUACCAGUACGUCUUCAACCAGCAGAAAUUCGAGGCAGAGGAACUCAUCCAAACUUCUUCUCAUUACACCCUGCGGGGGCUCCGGCCCUUCAUGACCAUCAGGCUGAGGUUGGCCCUCUCCAACCCCGAGGGCAAAAUGGAAAGCGAGGAGCUGGUGGUGCAGACUGAGGAGGAUGUUCCUGGACCUGUUCCCUUGGAAUCUAUCCAAGGAGGACCUUUUGAAGAGAAGAUCUACGUUCAGUGGAAGCCUCCAAAUGAGACAAAUGGCAUCAUUACACUCUAUGAGAUCACAUACAAAGCUGUUGGGUCUCUGGAUCCCAGUGCCGACCUGUCCAGCCAAAGAGGGAAAGUCUUCAAGCUGAGGAACGAAACCCAUCACCUCUUUGUGGGAUUAUACCCAGGCACUACCUAUUCAUUCACCAUCAAAGCCAGCACAGUCAAGGGCUUUGGGCCGCCCAUCACCACCCGGAUUGCAACUAAGAUUUCAGCACCGUCCAUGCCGGAGUACGACACGGACUCUCCCCUCAACGAGACUGACACCACCAUCACUGUCAUGCUGAAGCCUGCUCAGUCCCGGGGAGCACCUGUCAGCGUCUACCAACUCGUUGUCAAGGAGGAGAAGCUGCAGAAAGCCCGCAGAGCUGCAGACAUCAUUGAGUGCUUCUCUGUGCCAGUGAGCUACAAGAAUGCCUCCAGUCUGGACUCUCCACACUACUUUGCAGCCGAGCUGAAGCCCAUCAACCUUCCUGUCACACAGCCCUUCACCGUGGGUGACAACAAGACCUACAAUGGCUACUGGAACGCUCCCCUUUCCCCCCUGAAAAGCUACAGCAUAUACUUCCAGGCUCUUAGCAAGGCCAAUGGAGAAACAAAAAUCAACUGUGUCCGGCUUGCAACAAAAGCAGUGCUAGGUAGACAACAGGUGACCACGCGAAACCCGCCCAGCCUCUUGAGCACAGGAGCUUCCACCCAGAAUUCCAAUGCAGUGGAACCAGAAAAGCAAGUUGACAGCACGGUGAAAAUGGCUGGAGUUAUAGCUGGUCUCCUGAUGUUUGUGAUUAUCCUCUUGGGAGCAAUGCUUACCAUCAAGAGAAGAAGAAAUGCAUAUUCCUACUCCUAUUACUUGCAUUCAAGCCAGUGUUUUAGGGGCCUCUCUGUCUUCUACAGGACCAGGAAGCUAGCCAAGAAGCAGAAGGAGACCCAGACCAGCACGCAGAGGGAGAUGGGUCCCGUGGCUACUUCUGACAAGACCUCCACCAAACUCAGUGCUGUUCACAAUGAAGAAGCUUUUUCUUCCAGCUGCCAAGAUGUUAAUGGAUUCACAUCACCCUCUCCUUGUUCAUUUUCUGUCCAAAGCAAAACCCUUCAGAGCAAAUCUAUGUUGAAUUCCUACUACUCAGUAUCAUCAGACACCGUCCCAUCGACCACGCUGUUAGACAGCAGCCAUGGCGAGAUGGCCCAGCCAACCCUGACCAUCCAGACCCACCCAUACCGCAGCUGCGAGCCCGUGGAGAUGUCCUACCCCCAGGGGCAGUUCCAGCCGGCCAUCCGAGUGGCAGAUCUGCUGCAGCACAUCACCCAGAUGAAGAGGGGACAGGGCUAUGGAUUCAAGGAGGAGUAUGAGGCACUCCCUGAGGGGCAGACGGCGUCCUGGGAUACGGCCAAGGAGGAUGAGAACCGCAACAAGAACAGAUAUGGAAACAUAAUCUCCUAUCACUCAAGAGUGAGAUUGCAGCUGCUGGAUGGGGACCCUCACUCCGACUACAUCAACGCCAAUUACAUCGAUGGCUACCAUCGGCCUCGCCAUUACAUUGCAACUCAAGGGCCGAUGCAAGAGACAGUGAAGGAUUUUUGGAGGAUGAUUUGGCAAGAAAACUCUGCGAGUGUUGUCAUGGUCACCAACCUGGUGGAAGUGGGCAGGGUGAAGUGUGUUCGAUACUGGCCGGAUGACACAGAAGUCUACGGAGAUAUUAAAGUCACAUUAAUUGAGACAGAGCCGUUGGCAGAGUAUGUCAUACGUACAUUCACUGUCCAAAAGAAAGGCUACCAUGAGAUCCGAGAGAUUCGGCAGUUCCACUUCACCAGCUGGCCGGACCACGGCGUCCCCUGCUACGCCACGGGGCUCCUGGGCUUCGUGCGCCAGGUGAAGUUCCUCAACCCCCCGGAGGCAGGACCCAUCGUGGUGCACUGCAGUGCUGGGGCCGGGAGGACAGGGUGCUUUAUUGCCAUCGACAUCAUGCUCGACAUGGCAGAGAACGAAGGCGUGGUGGAUAUAUUCAACUGCGUGCGAGAGCUGCGCUCCCAAAGGGUCAACUUGGUGCAGACAGAGGAGCAGUACGUGUUUGUCCAUGAUGCCAUUCUGGAGGCAUGUCUCUGUGGCAACACGGCCAUUCCAGUCUGUGAGUUCAGAUCCAUAUAUUACAACAUCAGCAGAUUGGAUCCACAGACCAAUUCCAGCCAGAUAAAAGAUGAGUUUCAGACCCUGAACAUCGUGACGCCGCGGGUGCGGCCGGAGGAUUGCAGCAUCGGGCUGCUGCCCCGCAACCACGACAAGAACCGCUGCAUGGACGUGCUGCCCCUGGACCGCUGCCUGCCCUUCCUCAUCUCCGUGGAUGGCGAGUCCAGCAACUACAUCAAUGCUGCACUCAUGGAUAGCCACAAGCAACCUGCUGCCUUCAUUGUCACCCAGCACCCUUUGCCCAACACCAUCGCAGACUUCUGGAGGCUGGUGUUUGACUACAACUGCUCCUCCGUGGUGAUGCUCAAUGAGAUGGAUGCAGCACAGCUCUGCAUGCAGUACUGGCCUGAGAAGACGUCCUGUUGUUACGGCCCAAUCCAAGUGGAGUUUGUUUCCGCAGACAUUGAUGAAGAUAUCAUCAACCGGAUAUUCCGGAUUUGCAACAUGGCCAGGCCGCAGGACGGGUAUCGCAUCGUGCAGCACCUGCAGUACAUCGGCUGGCCGGCUUACAGGGACACCCCUCCCUCCAAACGCUCCCUGCUGAAGGUGGUCAGGAGGCUGGAGAAGUGGCAGGAGCAGUACGACGGCAGAGACGGGCGCACUGUGGUCCACUGCCUGAACGGCGGGGGACGCAGCGGCACCUUCUGUGCCAUCUGCAGCGUGUGUGAAAUGAUCCAGCAGCAAAAUAUCAUCGACGUGUUCCACAUAGUGAAAACGCUACGGAAUAACAAAUCCAACAUGGUGGAGUCACUGGAACAGUAUAAAUUUGUAUACGAGGUUGCACUGGAAUACUUGAGUUCCUUUUAGCCCAGCCAAGGGAGGGGACCCCACGACGUGCCAGACCCCAAACUCUGGCGGAUGCUUCUCCCCUGUCCCGCACUGGAAGGCAGUAACAAGUGUGGGAAGGAAAACAACUCCUUCCUGGAGCAAGAGACUGAGGCUGCAGAGGCCUCCCUGGAAGCGGAGGCGAUGCCUGUGUGUGCUGCUGCCUGCUUUCUAUCAGAACAUCUACUGCUUCUUAAAUAACCUACUGUAAAAAUUAGCAAAAUGGGAGACAGGCUGAAAGACUGGACUUUCUAAUCCCCUCUGACUUCUCUCCUCUUUUGGAUUGUAUUUUCGCUCUGCUUGCUGCAGAGUGGGGAAGGAAUGAAACCCUUAGGAAAUUCUCUUUUAAAUGUCUCCUUUUUAAUUUAUAAUUUUGUUCUCAAAUCCCAGCCUUUUAAUUUUUUAAUUUCAUGCAGCAGUCAUUUGGGAAAAAUGAGAUAGCCAUAGGGGAUACAUGAAAUGUUUCAUUACGAUUUGUCUACCUUAUCUGUUUCCUUUUAUUUGUUUUUCCAAAUGAAAAGGCCAACACAGACACAAAAACAAAAAAGAAAAAAAAGAAAAGAAAAAGCUGGGGUUCUCUUCCCAUGUGUAGUCCCUUUAAGCAUGAAAAUAGAUGGUGGAGAUGAGAAGCUGUUCAUGGAUUCACUGCCUCCACACAAAUGUUUCCUCCCAGUUUCUGCUCGACUUCCAGGGCUGUGCAUGACCCAGUUCCAUCCCUCUGGUCUGUGUCCUUUUGCUGCUGGUGAAGCCACUGAGGACUUUCCCAGCCACUAGAACCUGAAGGUUAAAUAUUUGCAUCAAACCAAUUGCAUUUGUCUUGCAACCUCGGUAACUUCGUUACCGCAUUUUCCAAGUAUUUGCUGGGGUGCAGUGUGUCUGACAAACAGGGUAUGAAGUAGGUAUUAUUGCUCAUAUACUAUCUAUGACUCUUUUUUAUUUAUUAUUUGUAUUGCUGUAGAACUUAGGACCCCUAGUCAUGCCAGGACCCUGCUGAACUAGGCACUGUGCAAACAGACAACAAAGAAAGCUCCUGCUCAAGAGUUUAAAGUCUGAAGGUUCUUAAAAUUGGGUUUGGGCAAGAUUUCCUCACUAUUUCCAGGCCCUACUAGCUUCAAAAUUGUAACCCAUCGGAGCUGUAGGAAAGGUGAUGUACAUACACAGGAACUAAUCUGACACCUGUAAAGAGAAGUGUUAGCCCAGCACAGCAACUUCGCUUCUUAAGCAAAACGGCUUUUGUUUUAUUCUGCAAAUUGCCUGUGCAAGUCUCCUUCUCUGAAACAAACACCAGAUGUGUUUUGCCAUGGCUCUGGACCUCAUUCUGAUGUCUUAGCAGCUAAGAAAUUGCUUUUCUGAAAAAGUAUGUUGAAGUAGUUAAUCACUAAGGUCUGCGGGGUAAUCUUGGAGAAAAAAAAAAAAAUGAAUGAACAAGACCUUACAAUAAUUAGUAUUUCAAUUUAGCCAUUUAUUUAUCUUGAGGGUGAGGGAUAUGAGGUUGCUCUGUGUGUAAAUUAGAUUCUGGCAUGUGUGUUUCUUCAAAUUCAGACUUUCUGAAAGAUAGACUGAAGUUAAGAGUUUAAGGAAACUCCAAUUUUCUUACCACCCUGUAGUUUUCCACCCUCAGGUAAAUACUCAGAGGCUGCUGUGAGCUCUGUCUUGCCCAUGCCAGGCACAGAGCAUGCCAGAUGUUCAAAAUGCUUUGCUAAUUCUGUCUGUGAGUUCAAAAGGCACCUCUGUUCCAUGGUCAUCCUUUCUGCAAUCCCUCGCCUUGACCAGGAGGGAUGGAAAUGAAAUCUGGCAAAAGCAGCUCUCGACUCAGACACAGCAGUGCCCAACCAGUGGUCAUCCACCAGGACCUGCACCAGCUUAGGGAAGGAUGCUUGGAGUUUCAUUAAUGCCCCUCUUGAUAAGCAAAGGAGGGAGCUCACAGGAUGCUGAACCACCUGGGAUUUUUCUAAGGAGCUUUGGAUUCUUGGCUUUAAUAUCAUGAAGGCCUUAACUGAUCAUGAACCACCUUCUCACAGGAGCCUCUGCACUGUUCCUGGUUGGUCCUUUCUGUUGCCUGCCAGAAAGUCAUGAAAUCAUCUUUAGUUCCAGUUGGGGCUGUAGGUGGGUGUCUGGCAUCUCAGGCUACUGGUCUGAAUUGGGUUUUUCUCUUUUUGCAACUAAAGAACACAAUUCAGCAGGAAAAAAAACAUAAAUAGAAGGCAAAGUAAAACUGAGAUAAAAAUGAGAGGAAAGGUAUGGUAUUGGUGUUAUGAUUACAGGUGGCUGGAUGGAAUAGUGUAGGUCAGGAGCUGGGAGCUAUUAGCAAAGAAGAGGGAAGAGGGAAUUCUAAUCUCAGGAUGGGGUUUUUCAACAAGUGCCCCGGUAUGAAGAAGCUACAAAUCAGCAAAGUGGUUUUGAGUCUGCUCACUCCAGAAAGCCAGAGGGAACCACUCCCUGUGGAUACUAUGGAAAUAUUAAUUAGUAUUUAGCAGUCUGUUAAUUUCACAUGGAAAGUAGCACAGUGACAGGUCUCCCUCAUGGCUUCAGGGAGUGAAGCCAGCACUGAGGGUGACAGCUGGGAUAAGGGAACAGAGAGGUAAAGAGAUGCCAGCGUCACUGAGGUGUGAAGUGUAGGAGGUAAUUUAGGCUUAACUUAAAAGAAAGUGGGUUGAAAUGCCAGAGUCAAGCCCACAGGAGGGGUGUGUGUGUGAAGGGAAGGAGGUGUGGGAUGAGCAGAGCAGAACAGCACUGGCAGUGCAGCUGUUGAGGGUCUGGAGGUAGGUUUGAAUGUGUUUUAUGGUAUGAAAAGUGCUACUAAAGGAUCAGGUACCUGCAUCAGCUGGCCCACAGCAACUCACUGUGUGCUCAGCCCUCUGCAAAUGCCAAGUGAUGUUGGCACAAACUGCAGGGAAAGAUACUGAAGCUAAAUUUUACAUUUUAUAGGAGCUCAAUGGAAAUGUUGGUUACCACAGCCCAACUGUUAGUCACAGCUUAUUAUGUGGCCACUCAGCCGUGUGUCUGAACCUCCUAAUGUCCAGCCUACAACCCAUGUGGAAAGAUGCUCAGCAGACACUGCAGAUUGUGUUGCCAAACUGUUACAAAUUCCUGCAGUUACGGUGCUUUUGGGGGACUGACCCAGCUCCAGUCUGCGUUGGCUCAGGGAUCUUCAUGCUGUUCCUCCCUGCACUGUGCAUAUAUGCCAAGUGUGAAUUAAUGAUGAGGGGAAUUGUGUGGAAAAGCUGACUUUAAAUCACUUUAUUACCUUGAGGUUGUUUAAACCCUAGAGAAUAGCCCCUAGUGAAGUAAGUAAUGUGUUUGAAGCAAGAUUAUGGGCGAUGGGUUUGUUUUCACAGUGAAAGAAAGAAAUUAUGGGAUGAGAUAAAGGAGGUUUUCUCCUGGAAGGAUUAAUAGUCAGUGUGAGCUUUUCAGCCUAAGCAUCCCCUGCAAUGGAUGGAAAGUGAUAAUGUGCAGUAAAAAAAGGUGAAUUCCUCAGUGGUUGAAUUUUAGGCUGGAAAAAAAAUACUGGCAAUAUUUGGAUGGACAUAGUGAAGAUGAACUUCUUCCCAUGGAGACAUCCUUCAGGGGUGAGGGGGCAAUGUUUGUGAUAGCACAGAGUUGGUGUGAAGUUUGGUCUGAAAUACAAGGAACUAGAAAUAGGUGGUUCGGGGUCACUGUCUCAUAUAGAGGGUAACCAACAUCUUAAAUUAUUAAGGGAUGUAACUGCAGCAAUGAAUUCCACUGGUUAUCAGUAAUUUCUAACCUUUUAUUCCAGAGCUGUAAACUCCUUGGGGAAAAAAGAGUCCAGUGGCCACAUAGACCCCACAGCAGUAGACUUAAGCCUGUGGAUGCUAGACUGGUGUUUCCAUUUACUUUCCAGAGGCCCUUUAGCAGUAGUUUGUGGGAUUUCCCUUGGGAAUCUCAAGCCAGGGAUUGCUGGUCACUGCUCUUGGUGUGCUGUAGAGUCAGAGGAAGGAGAGAGGCUCCUGCAGCAGGUGGUUCAGGAGGCAGUUAAAGCAGUUUCCAUCUGGAAGAGAAGGAAAGGAGAAGAAAUCUCCUUUGGGAGAAACCAAACAUUGGAGGAGAAGGCAGAUGAAAUGGAUCCUGAAACAGGUAGGAAAUUUGCACCUUGCGCUCUCUCUCAUUCUUGCGCAGCUGCUCUCAUCUUUCUCUUACUCUUCUGAGUUCCUGCCAAGAUCAUAAAAAACAGGUAACGUCACAUUCCGUGCUGCGGAGAUGGAGCACUCGGAGUGUGACAGAGGGAAUAAAUCCUUAGGGACAAAGAUAAAAGAAGAUUUGCUUGAGAGAGGAAUCUUCAAAUAUGAGGUGCUUCUAUCUGUCCCACUUGCAGAAUUUUUAGUGACGUCACAGGGCAGUGCACAGUCCUGGCAUGGAUGUGCAAUGCAGUGGAAAAGUUCCCCUUGGGAAACUUCACUGUCCUGUAAUAAAUGUGAACAAUCCACUCCAUGACUUUGGCAGCACAGUUAAUUUUUGUGAUCUCCCCAGCCAGUGCAAGGGGCAUCUCAAGACCUUGGUGUGAAACUGCUGCAUUUUCAUUUGAGAAUCUUUAAUUUGUCUUAAAUGUACAAAAGACAGACAACCCCAUUUUUUUUAGGGAAAUAAAGGGGGCCAUGUGGCAAGGGUGGCAGCAUUUAUUUAGCAUAACCACUGCCACUGGGUCAAAAAUUCCAUAUUCCUGCUGUGUGAGGGCAGAACAAAGCACUGCAGCUGCCCUGCCCAGGCAGAGGAGCAGGAGGAGCCAGCUUAGUCAGAGAGACAGAUGUGAGUCAUGAGGAUUCUGUUAACCCUCCUGUGCUGCUGUUUGUUUAGAUUGCAGUCUUCUAUAGCCAUACAUACAUAAUAGACAAUUUCAAUGCAAGUGCUCUUUCUUUCCCUGUUCCCAAAAAUACCUACAGCUCUUUUUCCUCGAGGGUGAGCCAACAGCGUAGCGAGCAAAGCCCAAUUUCUGCCGUUUUGGCAAGGACCACUAGGAAAAUCCAUCAUGUAUUAUCUGUUCAUUGACUUGGAAAAGGUAUCAAUCAUCUCCCUCAUAUGCAUACUUGAAGAAUGUACAAUUUGCUCAAACUGUCAAGCAGAAUCAUACAUUUUAACAUACCAAGACAAAAUCCUGGUGGUACAGAGUGUGAUUGAAAGAAAAAAAAAAGGAGACAAAAACUUGCUGACCUCCAGUGACCUCUACUCUAUAAUAUUUGCUGUGUUAAAAUAUUUUAAAAGUUUCCCUUGUGAAAAAAAAUAAACUACGCUCAGAAUAUCCUACAAUUUAAUGUUGGACUAGCAGAAUGUGAAAACCUGGCAGCUUUUCCAGUUUGUAAAAGCAUGAGAGAUCUAAAUUAGUCUUUCCAUCCUCAUCCCAGUUCAUGCAGCAGAUUUUCCACCACUAUUCUGUUUUCAACCUGAGCCUUAAAAGACAAGCUAAUGCAGCAGACUGAAUGCCAGGUGCUGGUGUUCCCAUAGUGUUUCCUGGCAGGGUAGAAAAAAAACCAAAACAGAAUGAAAAGGAAAAAGAACAAACUAAAAUGUUUUUUCUUGGAAUUCAGUUCAAUGAGCUGUUUCUGAGCAGGAUAAACAAGAGUCAGUCCGUGCCACUCUGGAGGUACAGGAUGAAGACACGUUGUUGAUGUCCCUUAGGGACCAGUCCUGGUAUUUCAUGUGUGGGUACCCAAGAGUGUAGUGGUUCCUUUAGUGGAGGCAGUUGUCACAGGAGGACUGUUUCAGUGGAUAUCUCUUACCCUGAAAUGCUGCUCUUUGGGACACCCUGUGAGACACCUGAAGUGUCCUGCACUGUGGAGAUGUGUGAGCACAUCAUCUUUCAGUGAGGACCUCCAGGAAAUCUUUGUGGUGUGAAAUAGUGGGAAGGAGUGUGUUUUGGGGGAUGGAAGAGGAAGUGGGGCCAGCACUUUACAAGCUUUCAUGAAUUUAGGUACUCUUAAGUCUCCCCAGGACAAACACUGCUCAGUUUUUCACAUUGCUGGCAGUCAAACCAAACUUCAUGUGCUGGGCUUCCAUGUACCUGGAGCAGAACUGGAAUCACCCCCUCAUUGCCCCUCUAGCCCUUUCUUGCAUUGCCAGCAUUUAAACACUGUACUUCUAUGCCAAAAGUUUGAGCUGCAUCCUUAACACCUCCUUUAACCCAUCCCAACUAACCACAGCGACAAAAUUCACUCCCACACUGAUUUAAUCUCCUCCCUUCCCGCGCCGACCCUGUUGGAAUUAAAAUGUGCCAGCAUCACUUCUUGCCAGACUUGUCACCACUUCACACAGCGAUGCUGUGGCUGCCUCUGGAUGAGCAGUCUCCCAUUCCAGCUCCCUGGAUGUGUUUUUGGGCAGGGAGGAGUGCUGCAUGAGAGCGAGUCUCUGCUGUUGCGAUGUCGCCCCAUCUCCUCCCCCCGGCCUUUAUGGAUUACUGGUGAAACCCACUUGUACAGUUUGGAUGUUUGAUAGAUAAAGCACGUAUGAAAAAAAAAGGAAAAAAAUAUAAAUACAAAACUCUCAACACUGUGCAUUCAGUGUCUUUUCUUUCUAGCUUAAAAGAAGGAAGGUAAAUAAUGUCAAGUCAAUGAAUAUCAGAUAUAUUUUUUGACUGUACAUUACAGUGAAGUGUAAUCUUUUUUUUACAACUGCGAGUCCAUCUUAUUUAUUCUUGUAAAUGUUCCCAGACAAUGUUUGUAAUAUGGGCUGUGUUGCAAAUCCAUAAAAUAAAUCUGUGAUCUGAGAUUAAUGUUUUACUAAGA